CCAAAAGCAACUUGACUCCUGAGCAUAAACAAGAAUUGUUUCAUCCUCUGGUCGAGAAUCUCCUCCCCUUCCUCCAUCACUCUCGCUACGAGAAUAGAAGCGAGUGUGAAUCUCCAUCUUACCAUCGACCAAGCCCGGAAUCAACUUAGUACGGAAUAUUCGAGUCUCCGACAAUCUGGAGUGGCCCUGGCUGAGGUGUGGUUGGCUCUUCAAGCCCACGUUCCAGCCCUGUGCAGGGAUCCCUUGAGUCGGUCCUUCAACUCGUAAAACACCGCAUCAUAUUUUCGGCUGCGAUCCCAUCGACACCCGCCGCAGAUUACUACAACGCUGUACAAACGGCCCACCUAUUAUCCUCACGCCGAGCCUUGUCCUUCAUCAUUUCUGCUGCGGUUGCAACUUGGCAAAGGCGUGCUUCGUUCUGAUGCUAAGACAUCGUGGACAGCCGAGCUAGAUCAAUCUGCUGUAUUGUACUUCACUGGGCCGCCCAGGUCUGUUAACUUAGGGCCAGCAUCUUACUUUUCGGCAUCCGUACGGCCAUCUGGCAGCAUUGCUGAUCUGCCUUCCCAACUCUCUUCCUUCGAUCCUACAGACACCGUUCCUGAACCUGAGCAUAAUCCUCGAACCUCGCUUCACGCAUUCCCUUCGAAAAAAUCUACCCCUCUGACGUGACUGGCCUCCUACCUGAAUGCUUCGGAUACUGCACCACGACCUGACACCUAGGCAAAGCAACGACUGGGGAUAAUACUUCGGAACUCUUGCUGGCUUUUAUGAAUUGAACACGAUAAAGUUGAGACACAGCGGAGGAGUCUAUCACUCUGUGAGCUUGUCGUCGCACUUUCGCAAAAUCUGCGUUAAAAGACAUCGGUCGCUAUCACCAUUAUAUUACGAGUCUUGGGAGGAGGCUGUCACCCUUUCCAUACUGACCACAACCUGCGUGUCGAACAAAAACCAGGAGUGUGCAAGGUGUGCACGGGUUUUCGCCAUGGCGUGGGACCAGUUGGCAAUAGACAAACCGCAUCUGGUCUAUAUCAUUCUGGGCGGGUUCACGAGUAUAUUCAUGCUAUGCUCUCUGUUCAUCAAGGAAAAACUGUACAUUGGUGAAGCCACGGUGGCCACCAUUUGCGGUGUCAUCUUCGGUCCUCAUGCAGCCAACCUCAUCAAUCCUCUCACCUGGGGCAACACCGACCAGGUCACCCUCGAGUUUUCUCGCAUUGUCCUUGUGGUUCAAUGUUUUGCCGUCGGUGUCGAAUUGCCCAAGGCGUACAUGGAAAGGCACUGGAAAUCGGUCGUGUUCUUACUGGUUCCGGUCAUGACCUUUGGAUGGCUCGUCACCAGUCUUUUCAUUUGGUGGAUGAUCCCCAAUCUCUCUUGGUUGGAGUCUCUGGCCAUCGCAGCUUGCGUUACUGCCACUGAUCCUGUCCUGGCGUCGUCCGUGGUUGGUAAGGGCAAGUUCGCAAAACGAGUCCCAAAGCAUCUUCGAGACAUCCUGUCAGCCGAAUCGGGAUGUAAUGAUGGCAUGGCUUUCCCAUUCAUCUACCUUUCGCUAUAUCUACUGAGGUACGAUCUGGAUGCUCGGCACGUGGUCUUCCACUGGUCAUGCUAUACGAUUCUGUACGAGUGCAUCUUUGGUGCGUUUUAUGGAGUCAUGGUGGGCUAUAUUGGCCGUCAUGCGAUCAAGAUGGCGGAGCGAAGGGGCUUGAUUGACCGAGAAAGCUUCUUGGUGUUCUACUUCGUACUCGCCCUGUUUUGCGCAGGUUCGGGCAGUCUGUUAGGUAUGGACGAUCUUCUCAUCGGGUUUGCGGCUGGAGUAGGCUUUUCAAACGAUGGCUGGUUUACCGAGAAGACGGAAGAGUCACAUGUUUCCAACGUUAUUGACUUGCUCCUCAACUUGGCUUACUUCGUCUACUUCGGUACCAUCAUACCAUGGGACCAGUAUAACGCGCCAGAGCACGGCUUGGUCCCCUGGAGACUUGUCGUCAUCGCCAUCUUCGUCAUUCUUUUCCGUCGAAUACCUGCUAUGAUGCUGCUGAAACCAUUGAUUCCGGAUGUCAAAACCUGGCGAGAGGCAUUGUUUGCAGGUCAUUUCGGUCCUAUUGGUGUUGGAGCUAUCUUUGCAGCAAUCCUAGCUCGUGCAGAGUUGGAAACCGAUUCUACGCAACCUUUGGCGAAGCUACCACCACCAUCGACAAAAGAUUACGAUUUAAUAUACCUGGUGUGGCCAGUGGUCACUUUCCUGGUGAUCUCGUCCAUUCUUGUCCACGGCUCAUCGAUCGCCGUCUUUACCCUCGGUAAACGCAUCAAUACCCUGACAAUCACACUGUCAUACACCCAAGACAACGACAAAGGCCCAGCAUGGAUGAACAGGCUACCAAGAAUCACUUCUCAGUCAAGAUCAAUGUCACGAACGUACAGCUCAGAAUUUGAGACAGACGAAAAGCUAGAUGUACCUCCUGGUGAGCUACCACCAAUUGGUAUUCCUAAACUCCACCUGAGAAGACAGCGUGAGGACGAAUAUGAGAGAAAGCCGGGGUCUCGUUCUUCAAGCGUUGGACGGUCGCGCAGAAGGAAGCGCCGCAGCGACCUAGCAAAUCGGCCUGGUGGUCCCAUCAGCCAGAGUGCCAUCGCACCACAGAGGCGCUCGGAAGGCGCCCUAACCCAACAGGAGUCAGGCUCAGAUACUCUGUUCGAAAAGUCUGGAGAGCCUUCCCCCGAAAGCCCUCACGAUCGCCUCGAGCCAGUCUCUCAUCGCGAGCGUGACAAACUGGAGGCCGAACAAGAAGCCGAAGCAGAGGAACAAGGACGGCCGCGAUCGCCAUCACCGGACAGGCCCGCAGAUGUCGAAGCAUACGAGGAAGGCGCCCACAUUGUUGUUGAAGAUGAGGAGGGUAACGUGGUAGAGACUCUCGAUACGCGCAACAUGACAGAGGAAGAUAAGGUUCAAGCGAUCGAAGAAGCACGAAACCGUUUGACGAAAGACGAAAGUGGCAAAUUUACUAAACAUAGACACCGGCCACAUCCCAAGACGGAAGGCGAGGAGAUAGAAAAAGAGGCGGCAGAGGCUCUUGGCCAGCCCCAGAAGAAAAUGCGCCAGAAGUUCGAUCAGUGGCGUGGCUUUGGCAGACGCAAGGAGGAAGACUCUGAGCCUUCAGAGCCAUCGAGGCAACCAGAGCGUAAAAGGGGUCCUGCUCAUGCUUAUCAAUUUGGCAACACUGUCAUUGUGGAAGAUGAAGAUGGUGAAGUUAUCAAGACAUACACCAUUCCAAGCGAGGACGCCGGUGGCGACCGGGAACGGCAGCUACGAGGAGGUCUGCGCCGGAUGAGCACAUGGGUUGGAUUAGGUCGUCAAGCAGGUGCUGCUGGCCCGAGUACUGCUGUUCCUGUCCAGGUGGAUGCUACUGAAGCAACAAAGUCAGAGUCUGACAAGCCGGAGCCAAAGGGACGUCGCGGUUCCACAUCAUCAGACGAUGGCUUAAGAAUGAUCAUCUCAUCGACUGAUCGGUAUGGCCUUACCGGGCAGAAGAAAGUCCGUGACGCCCCUGGCACGAUAGCCCUUGGAUCUGGCAGACGGUUAUCAACAAAAGACUUUAUCAAGCAAAUGCAACAGCUGGACCCGAAGAACAAGAUCAAGGAAGUCAACGAGAGUGAUGCUCCUGAGGCCGUCAAACGCGAGCUGCGUAGAGCCGCUAAGGAUGAAGCUUCCGCUGGAAGGCCUGGACGCCAUCGGACAGAGACGAACACUGGUGCAACAUUGAGCGUCCCCCACCCAGAUGGGGGCAGCAGGACCAUCAGGACUGAGAUGCCUGCUGAAGACGAUGACUAUUUCAGUCCGCAUCGACGUCCUGCUGCUGACGGCGUGGCUACCGAGGACCUGAGUCGGACACGGGAGGAAGAGAGCGAAGAAGAGGAAGAAGAAGAAGUCAAUAUCCCCACACACAAUGUUCGUUCGAGUAUCGUCAGGCAUGGAGGUGGUCAAACUGCAGCAGAUUUACGAAGACGUCAGCUGGCCCGGAUCCGAUCAGAGGAUGAAGAUGAGGCUCCUGGUGCAGAAACCGCUGCAGAAAAGAGACGUCGCUUGGCUGCUCUGGGACUGGGCGGCGAAGGUGAGGACGACAGUAGCGAGAGUGACGAGGAGGACGAACCCCGCCAGGCCGGUGCUGCUGUGCAAGAGCCAGUGCCGAGUGAACCAUCGACUCGGCCCAAGAUCCAGUGGGGUGGUGAGCGGGGUAGAGAGAAAGAGAAGAAGGAUCCUCAGGACAUAUAUGCGGGCGAUCCCAUUGUAGGUGCUGCGCGGAGGUUGAGGGGCAUGAUGAAGAAAAAGUCUUGAGCGAGCAUUUUGAAAAUUAUGUUUGAUGGGAGUAAAUGAACUCCCUUAUGAUUAGUUAUGGUGUUAUAGAUGGAAUGAAUGGAUGAUCGUGCGGUAUCUGCGCGACAUGUAUGAAA